UGACGUCACUUCCGUCUCGGUGUGUGGUCGCCGCUCUAGGGAGGGCUUCGUCGGGAAGAUGGCGACGGAUAAACAGAAGCAUGAAGGGAGGGUCAAGAUUGGCCAUUACAUUCUUGGGGAUACGCUUGGGGUCGGGACGUUUGGGAAAGUUAAAGUUGGGCAGCAUGAAUUGACGAAGCACCAAGUGGCGGUGAAGAUCCUGAACCGACAGAAGAUCCGUAGCCUGGACGUCGUGGGAAAGAUUCGCAGGGAGAUUCAGAAUCUUAAGCUCUUCAGGCACCCACAUAUAAUUAAACUGUACCAAGUAAUCAGCACGCCAACAGAUAUCUUCAUGGUGAUGGAAUAUGUUUCUGGAGGCGAACUGUUUGACUAUAUUUGCAAAAAUGGCAAGCUGGAUGAGAAGGAGAGCAGACGUCUGUUCCAGCAGAUCAUCUCCGCUGUAGACUACUGCCACCGGCACAUGGUGGUGCAUAGAGACCUCAAACCUGAGAAUGUCCUGCUGGAUGCUCAGAUGAACGCUAAGAUUGCUGACUUUGGUUUGUCAAACAUGAUGUCAGAUGGGGAGUUUUUAAGAACAAGUUGCGGUUCACCAAACUAUGCUGCUCCUGAAGUGAUUUCAGGAAGGCUCUAUGCUGGUCCAGAGGUGGACAUCUGGAGCAGUGGAGUAAUUCUGUAUGCUUUGCUUUGUGGGACCCUCCCAUUUGACGAUGACCAUGUGCCAACGUUGUUCAAGAAGAUCUGUGAUGGGAUCUUCUUUACACCACAGUACUUGAAUCCUUCAGUGAUCAGCCUUCUGAAGCAUAUGCUGCAGGUUGACCCCAUGAAGAGAGCAACAAUCAAGGAAAUCCGGGAGGAUGAAUGGUUCAAGCAAGACCUGCCAAAAUACCUGUUCCCAGAAGAUCCAUCCUACAGCAACGCCGUGAUUGAUGAUGAAGCCUUAAAGGAAGUUUGUGAGAAGUUUGAAUGUACUGAGGAGGAGGUUCUGACGUGUCUGUAUAACCGGAACCACCAGGACCCAUUGGCGGUGGCGUACCAUCUCAUCAUAGACAAUCGGCGCAUCAUGAGCGAGGCAAAGGAUUUCUACCUGGCCAGUAGCCCUCCCGAGUCCUUCCUGGAUGAGCACCAGCUGUCCGCCACAAAGCCCCACCCUGAACGGGUGCCAUUCCUGGUGGCUGAGGUGCUGCCCAGGCCGCGGCACACCCUCGACGAGUUAAAUCCUCAGAAGUCGAAGCACCAGGGAGUUCGCAGAGCCAAGUGGCACCUGGGCAUCCGGAGCCAAAGCCGGCCGAAUGACAUCAUGUCGGAGGUGUGCCGGGCCAUGAAGCAGCUGGACUAUGAGUGGAAGGUUGUAAAUCCCUAUUACCUGCGUGUACGAAGGAAGAACCCAGUGACGGGAAUGCAGGCCAAGAUGAGUUUGCAGCUCUACCAGGUGGACAGCAGGACCUACCUCCUUGACUUUCGUAGCAUAGAUGAUGAAAUUUUAGAGGCUAAAUCGGGGACUGCCACUCCUCAUCGCUCAGGCUCUGUUGGGAACUCCCGAACAACUCUAAAGAAUGAGGCGGAGGCAGGAGAGGCCAAGGCAGGAGAGGCCAAGGCAGGAGAGGCCAAGGCAGGAGAGGCCAAGGCCGAAGUGGCCAUCAAGGGAUCAGACGGCUCUUUGGCGUCGUCUCUCACAUCUUCUGUCGAAUCCACUAGUGGAGAGACCUUUCCUAGACCUGGGAGUCACACUAUAGAGUUCUUUGAGAUGUGUGCGAAUCUCAUCAAGUUACUUGCACGAUAGUUGUUGAGUUAGCCUUUGAGUGUCUUUAAGCAAUAAGCAUGCAACUGAUUCAUGGCUCACUUCAUUCCAUGUGGAUGAGCUAGUUGUUCCAUGGCACUGAUGCAGUUUUGCCUCAUAGGUCAGGCGAACUGUGGGUGGGAAAGAUUUUGAAUGAUAAUUGCUAAGCCACUUUAUAGUUAAAUUUUUUUUUUUUUUUUUUUUAAACCAAUUGUUUUACAUGUUACUUUAUUAUCUAGCUAAAUGUCCCCAGAAUGCAUUUCAACAUCCUAGUCAUUUAUUGUCAGCUUGAUAUGCUGAAUUUGCUGAAUUUGUAUUACAUUCAGUGAUGCUGAAUCCCUCAUUUCUAGGUAAAAACAAGCAAAUUGUUCUUCUAAUAUGCAAGAACAACUUUUGCACAGUUGUCCUGUACCUGCUGCUCAAUUAUCAUAUUAGAUAAUCCACCAUUGCAGAAUAUGUACAAUGAGUUGCACGUAUCCUUUGAGAAAUGAUGAAAGCCGAUUAAAAACACAGAGGAAGGAUAGUCUUGCUCCUCUUUUUCAGGAAAAAGCUUGCAUCUCCUGAAAAUAAUGAUGUUCUUUGAAUAAUUUUAAGGAUUUCCAUGCCUCUGUAUUUUUUGUAACAAUUAUGUUUUUUUGAUUUACUCUGUCCCCUUCCCUUUUAUAUAUAAAGAAUAAAAUUGAUCUGGAUAUAUUUAUCAGUGCUUUAAAUAUAUAGGUUAUUUUGCAAUCAUUUUGUUGAUGUUUUAUUCCAUGUCUCAUAUUCCAAAAUCAUUUUUAGUUUUUAUUCCAGUCGCACUGUUAUGUUUGUCAAACACUUAAUUUAGUUUUCCAAUUAAGUAGUUUUAUUUUAAUCAAAAUAAAUAAAUGGCCAAACUAUUCUGAGAGUUCUGUUUUAGAAAUGUGGGGUCUCUGUUCCAGAUCAUGCUUAAGAUUGCAGCUGUAGCAAUACAUGUUUUCUGUGUAAGUUUUGGACAAAUCUGCUUGCAUUCAAUGUCAGUACUUUGGAAAUUGGUGUGAUAUCACUGCUGUUUAUACAGAGCUUAUAAAGUCCAACUAAUACCCUUUCCUGUUUUGAACAGGAAUACUUGGGACUGAAGACCAAAUAUGAAACAUUUUACAUUGAGUCCUAUAGUGAAAAAUCCAUUGGAAUACUAUCUGUCAGAUUUGGUUAUGGUCUGUUGCUUAGUGUAAGCUGGCAAUUUGAUUGACAUUGAUGAUAUAUUAUUAUGGACCCUUAAAUCUACAUUGGUGGUCAGCAGACAUUUGCAAAUUGAGUGAUACCAGAUUUGUUACUUCUUUUCCAUGUUUUAUGUGUAACAAUAUUUUCAUGCCUUUUGUCCUUGUGAAGAAUAGCUUGUUUUUUGGAUAAAAUAUGAGGGAAAUCACAAAAUCAGUUAAACUUAUAUUUGUUUUCUAAUUAUUUAUUUAAAUUCAAUCAUUUUCUCCCAAACAGUCCAGUUAAUAAUAGAUAAAUAAAUAAUAUAACUGACAAAGUCUUUAGUCAGUCACAAUCUCAGUUAAUCAGCUGCCUUAAUGUUAAUACUGUUGAUCAGUUUUAUAAUAGGAAGAGGUAUUAAAGGCUGUGAUCCAUUUCCUUGUGGGGUCUGGUAGUAGGUUAUCAGACCCAAGUAUGCCAUGAAUACUGUGAUGGCUGUUUGCAAAGCCACACCUACAUGUCACACCAAUGUGGUGUUUGCUGAUGGAGAAAAUGGGUUUGGCCUUGCAUGCUGGCUGGCACAAAUACCGUUGAAAUGUCUGAUUUUAACAGAAAUUAAAGCAUUCUAGUAUUUGUAGCAUAAAAAAAUAAUUGGUAUGCUUUAAAGAAAUAGAAGUUUACACAAUUUUCUGUGCUGAACCCAGGUGUGGCGAGAGAUGUUAGGCAUUUUGGUAUACAGUAUGUAAAAGUGAUCAUUCUGGCUUCUAAAGACAGCUUGUAAAACUAUGAAUCUGUUUUUUCCGUAUAUUUUCAUACUUUAAAAUUUUAUGUCAGUGUUGCAGGAAGAUUAGAUAUUACACUGGGGGACAAAUCACAAAUGAAUUACCUCUGCGUAUGUGUCUUAACUGCUCUUAAUCAUUUUUCUUUUCUUUAAAGUGUAGUGGAGAGUGGAGUGGGACCCAACCAGAUUGACCAAUGUAUUUUGACUUGACAGUGUUUAAAAUAAUAUGUACACAGAACUGCCUAAUAAAUAUGUAAAUUGCACAA